UAUAUUUAAAUUGUAUUUAAAUACAAUUAAAUACAGUUACAAUUACACACACACGCACACAACUUGGCUAUGUAGCUGUUGCGCGCGCGCGUGUGUGUGUGUGUGCGCGUGCGUGCGUCGCCUGUGCUACGCUUGAGUCUACAAUUGCAACAAUAAACAACAAACAAUAAUAAUAAUCAUAGCAAUAAUAGCAAAGAACAUACGAGUUUCGUGGGUGGCAGGCGCUUAGACGUUUAUUUUAAUUAUGUAUACGCAACGUAUGUUUGACAUGUGGAGCAGCGUCACUUCGAAACUGGAAGCACACGCAAAUACCCUGGGUCAAAGCAACGUCCAAUCGCCAGCGGGACAGAACAACUCGAGCGGUUCAAUCAAAGCUCAAAUUGAAAUAAUUCCAUGCAAAGUCUGUGGGGACAAAUCAUCGGGCGUGCAUUACGGCGUUAUCACCUGUGAGGGCUGCAAGGGCUUCUUUCGGCGAUCGCAGAGCUCCGUGGUGAACUAUCAGUGUCCGCGCAACAAGCAAUGCGUAGUGGAUCGGGUCAAUAGGAAUCGCUGUCAAUACUGUAGACUGCAAAAGUGCCUAAAAUUGGGAAUGAGUCGUGAUGCUGUAAAAUUCGGCAGAAUGUCCAAGAAGCAGCGCGAGAAAGUGGAGGACGAGGUGCGCUUCCAUCGGGCUCAGAUGCGAGCACAGAGCGAUGCGGCACCCGAUAGUUCGGUUUACGAUACACAGACGCCCUCGAGCAGCGAUCAGCUGCAGCACAAUAAUUACAACAGCUACAGCGGCGGCUACUCAAACAACGAGGUCGGCUACGGCAGUCCCUACGGCUACUCGGCCUCGGUGACGCCCCAGCAGACAAUGCAAUACGAUAUAUCGGCCGAUUACGUGGACAGCACCACAUACGAGCCGCGCAGUACAAUGAUCGAUCCCGAAUUUAUUAGUCAUGGUAUGUGCCUAGACGUGGGUAUUACUUCAACACUUCUCUUCACUAAAGUUUCCUCUUCUAUUUCCUCAGCGGAUGGCGAUAUCAACGAUGUGCUGAUCAAAACCCUGGCGGAGGCGCAUGCAAACACAAAUACCAAACUGGAAUCCGUGCAUGACAUGUUCCGAAAGCCUCAGGAUCUAGCACGCAUACUCUAUUACAAAAAUCUGGGUCAAGAGGAUCUCUGGCUGGACUGCGCCGAGAAGCUGACACAAAUGAUACAGAACAUAAUCGAAUUUGCAAAGCUAAUACCGGGCUUUAUGCGCCUCAGUCAGGAUGAUCAGAUAUUAUUGCUGAAGACGGGCUCGUUUGAGCUGGCGAUUGUUCGCAUGUCCAGAUUGCUCGAUCUCUCACAGAACGCUGUGCUCUAUGGGGAUGUGAUGCUGCCCCAGGAGGCGUUCUACACAUCCGAUUCGGAUGAGAUGCGUCUGGUGUCGCGCAUUUUCCAAACGGCUAAAUCGAUAGCCGAACUAAAACUGACUGAAACCGAACUGGCGCUAUAUCAGAGUCUCGUGCUGCUCUGGCCAGAACGCAAUGGAGUGCGCGGCAAUACGGAAAUACAGAGGCUUUUCAAUCUGAGCAUGAAUGCAAUACGGCAGGAGCUGGAAACGAAUCAUCAGCCGCUCAAGGGCGAUGUGACCGUGCUGGACACGCUUCUCAAUAAUAUACCCAAUUUCCGCGAUAUUUCGAUUUUGCACAUGGAAGCGUUGAGCAAAUUCAAGCAACAGCAUCCGAAUGUUGUAUUCCCAGCGCUAUAUAAGGAGCUAUUCUCAAUAGAUUCACAGCAGGAUCUAACAUAACCAGAGCCGAUAUUUAUGGAUACGUCAGCCGCAAGUGUGGCAGAUGCGGCUGCCGGCUGUCCGCUACAAAUAUUGGCAACGGCAACGGCGACGGCAACGGCGACAACGCCCGAGCAGCAGCAGCAGCAGCUCCAG